GGUUGCGAAGCGGGGAGGGGGGACCACGCAGCCGAAGAUUAAUAAGAACCGGAAGCGGCCGCUCGUGGGAAAACGAAGCUCAGCGGAAGUUGGUCUGAGGAAAUCGCUGGAAAGGAGGUCGAGCUCUUUGUUGAGGCUUCCCGGUGAAAAGGUAUAACAAUGGUGAAAAUCUUUGUGGGGAAUCUGCCCCGAGAGGCAGACCAGGAAGAAAUCAAGGCGCUCUUCACCCAGUACGGCACAGUCACAGAAUGUGCCAUCAUCAAGAACUACGCCUUCGUCCACAUGGAUGACCGCAAGUCGGCCACCAAGGCCAUCAAAAAUCUGCACCUCUAUAAGCUUCACGGCACGCCAAUCAACGUGGAGGCCAGCCACGGGAAGAACCAUGCGGCGGUCAAGCUGCAUGUAGCGAACGUAGAGAAGGGAGCUGACGACGAGCUCCGCGCUCUCUUCGAAGAGUACGGCACGGUCACAGAGUGUGCUGUUGUCAAGAAUUUUGCUUUUGUACACAUGUCCAACUCCGAUGAGGCCAUGGAUGCCAUCAAGGGACUGGACAACACCGAAUUUCAAGGCAAGCGCAUCCAUGUCCAGAUUUCCAAGAGCCGUCCCAGACACGAUGAACAGGAUGACUACCCCCCUCCUCCCCCAGACAGAGGUGGCUACUGGCCCCCACGCUAUCCAGGCGAGAGGCAUGAGCCUCCCCCACCUGGCUACAUGAGAGGUCGCCUCGGCCAUAUGCCCCCAGGUUACCCAGCCCCUCCUCUGCCGCCCCCUCCCCCUAGACGAGCUGUUUAUCCCGACCGUCCGUACGAUGGCGAGAGGGAAAGAUAUGGCGUGGUAGAUUACUAUGAGAAGUACAGAGCCCGCCCGUAUGGCAUCGCCUCCUACGAGGAUCAGCGUGGCGGCGCCCCUCCUCCUCCCCCUCCCCCCUCAGCCGUCGUCCGAGACCGUCUUAUGACCCCGUCGCUUGACCCGUACGAGCGUCGGCCCCUCCCGCCUCCUCCAUCCUCGUACUACGCCCGAGAUCGCAGCCCCCUGAGGAGAGCACCUAAUGCGCCAAUGCCUCCUGCCAGUAAUGGCUACUCCUACGAGCGCUCCCGGCUCUCUCCGGUUCCCCGCGUCCCGGCAUACGGAGGUCCACGUGCCCGGGACCCCUACGCGGAGCGGCUACCCCCGCCACCGCCUGCACGCUACGCUUAUUAAGCAAGGCCCCGACAUGUGAAGGAUCGUCGUUCGCCUGCGUCGCCACUCGCCGCCUCCUGAUGCACGUGACUCUAUCCACUUCCUGUCUGCGGCUGAGCGCGUUACAUUCCCCUGAGAUGCUCACAGGAGGAACCAAAUUGCCGACGUCCACGUCUGUUUUUGUUUUAAUUAAUUUGGGACAACUUUUACAUUCGUAUUUCCCCCCUGAUUGUUUUAGUUUGUCAUUGUGCUGUAGUAUUUUUAAUGCUUGACGUCUGAGUUAGGCGUACAUUUUUUUUAUUGUAUUUUUACGUUUGAAUAAUUAGUGUUCUGAUGUGGUUUGUAACCUUAGACAGCUGAACCAUUUCAGCAGCAGUUUCUAGGCGAUACAUGUGACUGUAAACUCAACUGAAUCAUAUUUGGUAUUUAAUCUAGUCUGCACGUUGGUUCCAUCAUUUUAAAUCUUUCCAUCGAAAACUAAAUCUCUAUGUGGCGAUCCUGUGAAAACCUAAACUGCUAAGACUCAUGUGGAAAGUGACAGCUAACGGUGUAGUUAAAAAAAAAGCGUUCAUAUGUACCUGUCCACUGUCGACCUUUUUUCAAAUAAAACGGAUUUGUGCAGUAAUGUUGUUCACCGAUGAAAUCAUGCUCUGCGCUAAAACACAUCAGUGUGACCGCUUGAAAUGAUUCGAAUCUCACCAAGGCUCUUUCGAAAAAUACAAAUGCCAUGAUCAUCCGUAAAUUUCUGAAGAAAUCACGUAUAGUAAAAUCGUCACGUAGAUGAAGGAAUAUCAAUUUUCUGGUCAUCUGAUCGAUCAACGUACCUUUAUACCUUUGCCGCCCCCCCCCCCACCACCACCGCAGCGCCCAAAACUGAAACAUUUUAGCUUAAGUUCAAAGAAGUGGUAACUCUCCAGCCACAGGCGAGACUAGUUCCCUCUGAAUGUGGGGGAGAUGUCCUCAAAGGCUGCUGGAGACCUUCACAGUCAACAGGUAAGUCCAGGGUUUUAAGGACUACUUGGCAGUCAGCACAUGUAACUGUUUUCUAGGUAGAUAUGGCUUGUUGUGUAUACUACAGAGCAUUGUAGCAGUAGGAAGACGGAUUAUUUACAGGCCCUGUAGUGUCACCUGGUGCUUUUACCCAUUGCCUGCACCCAAACAUCCAUUCAGCUGCAAGUCUGCUCUGUAUUGCCAGUGUUAGCUAGGAUAUAAUUCUGAGCAACAUUUGUAGUUAAUUGACAGCCCUUCUUCCAGAUUUGAGGAUCAGUUAUUUUUGGGGCAAAUGUUUAACACUGGUGAUAAUUGGAGAAGCUUUUAGGACAGCUAGGUUUGGUUAAACAGGACUAGAGAUGAGAUUUGGACUUGACAGCAUCAGGAUUUCUACAUUUUGUUUUACAGACAUAAUCAGAUUGAUGGAUGAAACUUUUGUAAAUCAGGAAAGAAAUCAAAUGCAAUGGAAUUACUUAUUAUUAUCUUAACUGAUUUCACAGUCUGGAUAAAGGUGAGAAGUUGAUAUUACUGCUUUGUAUUGCCUUUUUAGACUCUGACCUGCAAGAAUAAAACAUUUACAACAAUAA